CGCAGUGCGAAGGAACUUUUGUAAUGGCUGCCAGAUAGUAUGAGUGAGACUCGAUGUCUUAUAGUUUCCUGGAAAAAAACUUUGACCGUUAUCAUUAAAUAAACCGCGUUAAAAUGGUGUAUGUCUGUACAGAGACAUACAAGAAGACUGUACUGAACGUUGAUAAAGUGAACUGAUCUGGUGGCCAUGGCAGUGUGGGACCGUUUGGAGGCUGUGUUGAAUGUGGGCCUCCGGGUGCCCAGCAUCAUGCUGCUGGAGGUGCUGUACCGCUGGGAUGUCAGCUCCUUUUUUCAGAAGAUCCAGAGGAGCAGCUUGAACAACAACCCCUUCUUUCAAUACAAGUACCUGGCUCUGUACCUGCACUAUUUAGGCUAUAUCCUUAGCUUGGUAUUGCUGACUCUACCACGGCAGCAUUUGGUGCGCCUCUACCUGUACGUGCUCACCGCUUUGCUGCUAUUCGCCGGACACCAGCUCUCCAGGGAUUAUGUUUGUAGUGAGCUGGACUCUGGCUAUGAAGGACCUCUGUACCUGGAUCCACUCUCCAUGAACCGAUUUACCACAGCUCUAAUUGGUCAACUGGUGGUGUGUACACUGUGCUCCUGUGUGAUGCAGACGAAACAGAUCUGGCUGUUUUCAGCUCACCUCCUACCCCUGGUGGCUCGUCUCUGCCUUGUCCCCUUGGAAACUAUUGUCUUUGUUAACCGUUUUGCCAUGAUCUUCACUGGGCUUGAGGUGAUCUACUUCCUUGCAUCUAACCUGCUGGUACCCUACAACUUGGCCAAGAAUGCUUACCGGGAGCUUGCACAGGUGGUGGAGGUGUAUGGGCUCCUAGCUCUGGGCAUGUCUUUGUGGAAUCAGCUUGUCUUGCCCAUGCUCUUCAUGUGCUUCUGGUUGGUGCUCUUCACGCUGCAGAUCUACACAUACUUCAGCACAAGGGACCAAACUCCCUCACGCGAGAGAUUGCUCUUCCUCUUCCUAACCAGCAUUGCAGAGUGCUGUUGUACUCCAUACUCACUGUUGGGGCUGGUCUUCACUGUGUCUUUUGUGGCGCUGGGCGUCCUCACACUCUGCAAGUUCUACCUACAAGGGUACCGAGCCUUUAUGAAUGACAAUGCCAUGCACAGGGGAAUGACAGAAGGAAUCACUUUGCUGAUUCUCUCUGUUCAGACAGGGCUAAUUGAGCUUCAGGUAAUCCACCGGGCCUUUCUCCUGAGCAUCAUCCUCUUUAUUGUUGUGGCAUCUAUUUUGCAAUCCAUGCUGGAGAUUGCUGACCCCAUAGUGCUGGCACUGGGGGCUUCCAGGGACAAGAGUUUGUGGAAGCACUUCCGAGCAGUGAGUCUUUGUCUAUUCUUGCUGAUCUUUCCUGCCUACAUGGUAUACAUGAUCUGCCAGUUCUUUCAUAUGGACUUCUGGCUGCUCAUCAUCAUCUCCUCCAGCAUCCUUACCUCACUGCAGGUGCUUGGCACGCUGCUCAUCUAUGUGCUCUUCAUGGUGGAGGAGCUACGCAAGGUUCCGAUUGAGAACAUGGAUGAGGUCAUGUAUUUUGUAAAUGGCACCUAUAGACUGCUGGAGUUUGUGGUAGCACUCUUUGUGGUGGCCUACGGCAUAUGUGAGACCCUGUUUGGACAGUGGAGCGUGAUGGGUUCCACCAUCAUACUGCUGCACGCCUACUACAAUGUGUGGCUGCGGGCGCAGCUUGGCUGGCAGAGCUUCCUGUUGCGUCGUGAUGCUGUACACAAGAUUCAGAGCUUGCCCACGGCCUCGACACAACAAUUACAGCAGUACAAUGAUAUCUGUGCCAUCUGCUAUCAGGACAUGAAGUCAGCAAUCAUCACACCUUGCGGUCACUUUUUCCAUGCAGGCUGCCUGAAAAAGUGGCUGUAUGUGCAGGAGUCCUGCCCCCUUUGCCAUGGCCCUCUCAAAAGCCAAUCACCAUCCGCCAGCACUUCUGCCCCAGCUCCUCCUGACACAUCACCAAAUGCAGAACCGCAAGAUUUAGCAGCCAUAGAAGAGGCAACACAAGCUAGAGAGGCUUUGCAAAAUGUUGCAACCCAAUCAAAUCUACAAAGUUCAGAAGAGCCAGACCUAAAAAGUGCCAGGGUUCAAGAAGAAUCCUGCAAAUGUGAAUCAAAAGUGGAUAAUGAAAACAUGGAAGAAGCUAGUAGAGGCUAGGUAAACAAGCUCCAAAUUACAAGUGUCCCUUCAUCCCCUUAAGCAGAGCUGUGCUCUGUUAUUUUUUUUCAGUGGUGACUUCAGAUUUAUCACAGUCGCACUGCAAUGCUGCCAAUGUUAAGUCGUCUUAUAAGAGGGCUUAUAAGAGUCCUGGAGAUGUCUGAAAAAGACGCACCCAACUUUUUCCCAUUUCAUACAUACAUAUGACUGUUAUAAUCCAUUGAAGGAAUCAUUUUUGGGUGCUAGUGUAGUAUUUCUGUUUUUUCCUCUUCUGUCUAAUUGAUAUUUAAUUCCACAUCAGAGUGGAUUUAUGUUGGAUUUUUUGACAAUUUGCCAAAUUUCUGUAAACAGGGUGUUCAAAUGGUCCAUAAUUUUCUAUUGCACUACAAAUGAGCCACAAUCUUUAUUUCAAGAUUUCUUAAACAUUCUAAAGAAAAUUCUAAAUUACAAUUUUGAAAUUUUACAUUUAAAUUGUUUAAUGUAAAUAUGACAUUUUGGACUGAUUUUGGACAGAUGUCCUCCAACCCCAAAUGUUCAAUUUGGAUGCUCAAGACAUGCAGGGUAAGACAGUUCUUCACAGUAUGUUUUACCUGUAUUAUCCACAGAAGCAAGCACUGGCAAAUUUAUGUUGAAAAUAUUGCACUAGUUAGCUGCUUUUGAGCCAUCUUAGCUUCUUUCAUGUCUACCUUAAGGAGCCUCACAGCUUUAAAUAAUUACUUAAAUUAAUUAAAGAACAGGUAGAUAUAUUGUAGUAAUGAUGUCAUUUAUAUGUAGCUUGAUGCCAUGCCAUCCUGCUAUGAAUCUGUCCUAUAUGCUUCCAAGUCAGCUCUGUCUUUACCAGCAUGUAAUCCUCGUGAUUAUCAUGAGGUACAACCUCUUGAAUAAAUGUGUACGUUUAUGUUUAGGCAUAUGCUUACCUACAUAUGUAUAUCUAUACAGGUAUAAAAUAUUUAGAUGAGUUUUGUUUGAUAUGCCGAACAGUAUUGAAGCAGUAUCAACCGUUAUGACCUGGCAUUUGGGUUCGUGGGAACACUUCAGUGUCCUCUACAGGUAGAAGUGGGAUUGAGCCUAAAGAUGCAGAAUGGGGAUUUGCUGCUUCCUAAUGUCAGAUUGACAGUAUUAAAAUAUUUAGUGAAUUUGUGUAGAUGAAUACAUAUACAAUGUAUGAACACAAAAUACCACUGAAUCUGAUGGUUUGUGAUGUCUUAAUUUUGCACAUUUUUGAAUAUAAAUAAAUCAAUUGAAAGGUAUUUCAGUUUGAGUACAGUUUACUUUGUGCUUUGAUAGUGAACUGAAAAAAAAGAAAUACUAUCAAUACUAUAAAAAUACUAUUUUUUAUUGUUGUAUUUUUUGUCAAACAACUAGUUUUUCCUUAUAUGCUUUAAUUAGAAUAAUAUAAGAUUACUUGAAAUACCUAACCAAAGAAUUAUUUUCAUGGAACUUUGGCAUUACUGUUUAUUGCUUACUUGAAAACUUGUAUUUGUAAAUCUGCAUAUU